CUUAUCAAAAUAUUAGGCACAUCGAUACAUUUGACACCGACAGGACAUUCUCGUUCUUGAUUAGGUAUAUACCGAAGCUUCACCGUUUUUUUUUUUCUCUCUCUUCUAAUACUCAUUCUUGCACUCCUAUGAUUCACCCCCCGCCAAGCACAAGGCUCGGUCGGAACUAAUAUCGACAUGAUACCAUCCACGUUCGCACCGAAUCUCUCCCGCAGGGAUACGAAUAAAUCUCUAGGCCAUGAAACUAUUCCAGGCUCAAUACCUCCUCCUUUGAUGAGUGGAGGCGGAGCUCUCGGUCCUCAGAGUGCUGCUGCAAUUUAUCAGCAUAUACAAGACAUGGCCACCAAGCGAAUAUCUACACUCGACUACCUACGAAAAGCGCAUGAAGGGCGGAUAUACUGGUUCAAUACUGUACACUAUACGCGGGCUGACAUCAGCCGAAUACCCUACUUCGAUUCCAGAAAACUAUCACGACGAGCAAUAAAUUAUCUUCUCCUCGGUCUUUCGAUACCCCCAAUCAUAGACGUCAGUUUAACGCCCGGCGAAUAUCUACGCACGCUGAAUGCGCUGUUACUCGAAUUUGAAGCAUUCCAGCAGGUGCAUCCUCCGGAGGGCAGUUCGUCGUCGACUCUCGCCAGAGCACGUAUUCCGCAAAUGUUCAAACGCGCCACACACGGAGGGACAAAGGCGAGGAGGGCGAGCUCGGCAACUGAGAUUGGCCUUCCGAUGCAGCAUAGUGACCCUUCGGAUUUGAAGCAUAUGGCCGGGGGUGCCGCCUCGUCGGUAAGCGCGGCUGCUGCGAGCGUCUCCAUCCCUCAUUCGGAGGCAUCGGAGCUUUUGCCAGGCGAGGAAUACUCGUACCUUCUGACCCCGUCAUUACCUUUCGAGCCGGAUUACUUUGAGACGUUUGUGACUCUCUGCGAUAUUCUGAUAGAUUGCUAUACCCGACUUGUUGCUUUAAUAUCUACUCCCGCGGUCUGCACAGUCUCUCUAGGUGAGCUAUUUACGAAAGCAGAUGCAAAGCUCCGGAAAAUUAUUGUGGCCGGUAUAGUCCGCGAGUUUGAAGAUGCGAGUCGAAACAGCGCCAGAGCCGAGGUGGCAGGGGUCAGUCGUGUUGUACUAGGAGGUCUUUUAGGAUAAUAGGUCCAGAGUAAUUAAUGAAUCUCAAGACAGUGAUGACACACCAUGAUUGCAGUGGAAAAUCAGUAGGGAUUGUCGAUUUUUUUUUGUUUCUCUAUACAAGUACAAUAGAAACGCUGUAUAUGUCUAGUGUAUCGUGGUUGUGGCUCUGUAAGGGUCAAAAUCGAGUAAGGAUAUCGGAACUUUUUUUCGAGAACGUGCCUCGUGAGCGCGGAUAAGUAAAAAUAACAAUAGGUUGGGGG